AACAGAAACCGUCCCUGGUCUUCUGAUUGGACUGCACGAUUGUUUGUUUGGCCAGCGAUUGGUUGCUGUGUUACAAUCCAGCUGCUGUCGUGUGAAAGCAGUGGGACACACAGAAAAAUGGAUCUGGUGAAACACACAGGCGGCUGCCACUGUGGGGCUGUAAGAUUUGAAGUCCUACAUUCCCCAUACCUCCAUGUUUUCCUAUGCAACUGUAGCAUUUGCACAAAGAAACAAAACAAUCAUUUCAUUGUUCCAAGGAAUCACUUCACACUCUUACAGGGGUCAGAUUAUCUGACCACAUACACGUUCAACACUCACGUUGCUAAACACACCUUCUGUAAGACUUGUGGAGUUCAAAGUUUCUACACUCCACGCUCCAACCCUGAUGGAUACGGUGUUGCUCCACACUGCCUGGAUCCAGGUACUGUCCUCAGCGUCACAGUGGAGAGGUUUUGUGGGGAGAAGUGGGAAGAAAGCAUGCAGGAUCACAAGAGCAUCAGAGAUAUGUCUAAACCUGAAGCAGACGAACAGCUGCCUGACACACAAUGACAACACUGUGAUUUAAGAAUCAAGCUUAUUUUAAUCAUCAGUAUCACAGAAAAAUAUACAGUAUUUAUUAUCUUUGACAUAAGAUUAAAAAACGGUAUCAAUAGGGUUGCUUUUAUACAGUGUAAUGACAAUGAAGAUUUUUGAGUAGCAAAAAGUCAGCAUUAUUUAUGGAAAGUGCUUACGAAAAAACGCGGAGUCUUCUUUCAUCAGAUUUGUAAACCCUUAUUCACUCUUUACCACAGUUAUCAAGUAAAUAGGCAGCAGGAAAACAAAGUAACAGUCAGUGCAUUAGUUUAUCUCAUAACUCAAUAGAUCUUCAGGUUCUUUGGACCUUGUGGGAUAAUUUUGAAUGUGUUGAUGAACAUGUACCGAGACAUGGUAAUAUAAAGGUAACGGAACCACAGGAGCUGGGUGCGGUGGCAAUACAUGGCAUCCUGAAAUGAAAAGAGUGUCUUUUGUGAGUACAAAGUAAUCCAUUAUAUUUGACUAUGGAACUCAGUUAACACCCAAUCGUGUUCAAAAUAUAUCUUAUACUUACUUUACCUGUAUUUUAUAUAUACAAAACUUGCUUGAUGUUAAGCUGCAAAGAAUAAUCGAUCAUUUCCCGAUAAGACCAAAAACUGAAUCUUGGGGGACAGAGCCUUCUCUGUCGCUGCCCCCCCCUCUGGAACUCUCUCCCCAAACACAUCCGUGACUGCCCCAAUCUUACCAUGUUCAAAUCAAAAAUCAAAACUCAUCUUUUCAAAACUGCUUUUAGUCCGUAAUUAAUGUUGUGUUAUAUAUAUUUUAAGUGUGAAGUGUCUUUGAGUUUCCAGAAAAGUGCUCUAUAAAUAAAAUGCAUCAAAAGACAA